UAUUGAUUAGUGUACAUCCAUCCACUAUAUGAUGCAGCUGGAAUUAGGAAAAUCUAGGUUAUCCAAAUUCUCAAGUCUUUGAAAUUUCUGUAUUUACUUCCUUGUCACCUAAUUAUGUACAUAAUUUAAGCAUAACUUGAGUGAAUGAUAUAAUAAUUUUAGUGUAAAAUAAGAUAGACCAUGUCGACAAUGUUUGUCGCUGCAACUACUUGUAAAAAUAAUACUUCGACAAUCAAAUUUUCCCCCUUUGUAAGCACAAGCAAGGAAUUUGUUUUUGCCUACAUUAUGCUAACCGGAGGUCGAAGACAAAAUGAAAUUUGUGGAAAAUUGAACAUAACUCAACAGAAGGGAAAUAAAGUGUCCAAUAUCCACAGCCCCAAGUCUGACAAGUGGCAUCAUUAUGCACUAGUCGUAGAAUUCCAUGGACAACUAGCAAGUACCGCAUUUGAAGACAACAACAAACCUCUGCCACAGCUCGUACCUGAUGCAACUUCCGAACUUAUUUGCAAUUCUAAAAUAUUUGCAUUAGUUUCCGGAACAGAAAACGGAAUUAAAAAACAACUCAACUUGAAAGAGCAGACUUACAUCUUAGCCAGAAAUCCAGCAUCAUUUCCCUUCAGAAUUCUACUUCCUGAAAAUCAUGACCAACUCCCAUCCUCCCUGAAAUCUUCGAACCUCAGCGUCGAGUACUUUCUUGUCUGCUACCUUCGAACCGAACAUGGCUACGAAGAACUGGACAAACGGCCCCUACAUUUCCGUGGGCAUAAUUUGAUAACAUUCCAAAACGAGUGCAAAACAGUGAGUUGGACCACAUCGACUAAUCAAGUCACCAUAGUUUGCACCUCUCCACAAAGAUAUUACAGACUUUGGGUAAAACAACCUGUACUUUUCACGGUCACUCUCGAUUUUGAACAUGAAGAAGAGGAGAGCAGCCUCGUGUUCUGUGAAGUUUCAGUCGUACAAAGAAUUUCAAUGGGAAUCGAAGUUACUGAAACUGUGGUGGACUCAAGGUCUGAAUCGAAAUGGAUGAAAAGAUUAAACUUGACAUUUUGUGGGAAGCUACUGGACCCCAAGAUUGGGGGACAUGCUCAAAUUCUGCUUCCUUCAUAUAACCAAGAUGACGAGGGUGGAGUAAAAGUACAACAUUUUUUAAAGUUCAAAGUUGUUCUGCCCAUGGAAUUGGCUGGUGAUUCGUUGGAACACUUGGAGGAAAUCUUUAUUGGAACUGGGAGACUUUUAACUGCUAGCGAGACGAACAAAGGACCAGGAUUAUUUUCUAGAAUAAGAUCACAAUCCGUGUCAUCUUUGCUUUCUCUCUUUCCACCGUCAUACUCGGGUUUACCUUCACGUCGAGGGUCGCAAAUUUCACUGGAAACAUGUCAGUUUAAAUGUUGCCUCCUCAUUAUGACGACUUAUCUAAUCCAGAUGAGACUAUGUCUUCUGAUCAAGAGUGACAACUUACUUUACAGUAUUCGCUUUCCAUACUAUUAUGUUAAUUUUAACUUAACGACAUGAUUUACACAUGAAUGUACAUACAUAAAUGCAUGCAUACUACUGAUUUUACUGAUAUUGUGAACAAUGAAAAUAUGCCCAAAACAUUUAUGAUAAAAACGGAUGUCUUUUAUUACUGUUGAAUUAAAAGCAUAAAUGUGUAGAUGCGAAAUAUAAAAUAUUCUUUAUUUAGCGACUAAGACAAUAAAGAAAAUUCUGGUGAA